AUGAAUCGUUGUCGAUGUCCUAAGAAUGUCUUCUUAUUUUUAUACUUGUUUUUGAGUUUCACCGUAACUACUACGGCUCUCCCCCAGGAACCCGGUCCUACGUCUAAGACAAUGCCACCACGAUCGAGUAGUCUCAAUACCGAGCCAACUACCGUUCUCUCUCAAACACACUCUAGUUCAACCAUCUCUAGCCCGACUACUACUCCAGGCGAGAGCCUUAAUUCAAUCGUUCUGGCCGCUUCUACUUCCACUAUACAAUCACCACCGAAUAACAGCUUAGAGUUGGCAAAUCCUACAAUUGGGGACCAAAGAAAGGAUCUAACGAAUUCUACUAAAGCAGUAGAAAUGGACGAGAUGAAAGUUACCGGAAAACUUGUCGGGGAACGGAAAGAGCAAAAUCGCAAGGGGCUUCUUAAUAGGAACGAAUUUGAGAAACUGCCGCCAUCAGUUUUCUAUUCACUGUCUGACGUAAAGUGUCCGUCUGUUACCGCGCUGAUUGAUAUGGAUACGGAUCCCGAUAACUACCCCACAUGUUUGACUCGUCCAUAUAAAAGACCAGACCCAGCACUUGAAUACGUAUGGGCAACGCAUUGGUUUGUAGAAAUGCGGGAGGUAUGCCAGGAGUGCAAAUGUACAUAUCAAGACGGUGGCCUCGCAAUGUUGAGUGAGAUAACAGAACGCAGAAGAUGUAACUCACUCGACGUUUUAAAGCGUUGUAAGUACUGGCUUGAAUGCCAUUGUGAUAUCCUGAUGGAUUCAAAGCCCGAGGGGUUGAGUUUGUCAACGUUCGAGGCUUUUGCACGUGCAUUUAACAGAGUCCCUGCCUGGGUCCGGGGGAGGGUGGGGGACUUCAGGAUAGACGUGGGACAAGGUCGGAAUAUGAGGACACUGACUUGGAAGAUGUCGAAAGGCGAUUAUGCGAUUCAACCGAGGCGGAGGUUUUUGAUGAAAGAUGCCGCUGAGCCUUAUUAUUUGGAAGGUCCGGACCUAGCUGCAGACGAAAAUGAUGGUGUAUCAUCUGGGCCUUUGCCUCUCGGACUUUGGGGAUAUGGCAUUCCGAAUUUGUCUCCUGGACAAGUUGUCAAACGCGAAGCUGGGCAGUCGGGGGAAAGGUUAUCCGAUAAUGAAGACGUUUGA